AUGUCGCUCUACCUCUGCGUCGACUGUGGCGGCUCCAAGACCAGCGCGGUCAUCGCGAACAAGGAUGGCGUGGUCGUCGGCCGUGGGAUAGGCGGGCCAUCCAACUGCACUUACCUCUCCGUCGACGCCUUCCUCGCGGCCAUCCGCCUCGCCAUCAGCGAGGCAUUGAAGACCUGCACGUCCCCGCCGUCCAUCGACCCCGUCUCCCUGCCCCCGCCCCCGGAGCUCGCCUUCGCAAAGGCCUGGUUUGGUGUCUCCGGCGCCGACUCCCCUGCCGCCAUCGCUGCCAUCACCCCUGGCAUCUCCGCACUCCUUGACAUCCCCCAGGGCCCGCGCCUCGCGGUCGCGAACGACACACACCUCCUCGCCGCCCCUCUACGCAUGCACCCCAACAUAUCCAAUGCGGUCGCCGUGAUCGGCGGCACGGGCUCGAUCGCGGUGUCCUUCUCUGGGGAUGCUACAGGCGCGCUCACCGAGCUCGGGCGCAUCGGAGGAUGGGGAUGGAUCCUCGGCGACGAAGGCGGCGGGUUCGACGUCGGGCGCGAGGCCGUGCGGCAGGUGAUGCUCGCGCACGACCGCGCGUCGGUGCAGGCCAAUCCAGCACGGAGCCUGCUGCACGAUCGGCUCGUCGAGCGCUUUGGGCUGGGGGACAUCAUGGAGAUUCUGGGCACGGUGCAUCUCGCAGACCCGCAGGCGGGUGCGGCAGUCGCGGCUGACCUGCCGCAGCAUAUGACGGUGCCCAGGGAGAAGCGACUGUCGAUGCUCGCGCCGAUCGUGUUCGAGUGCGCAUUCGAGCACGGCGACGAGCUAGCCCUGAAAGUACUGCAUACAUCGGCGGGCAAGCUCGUCGAUGAAAUCACUGUCCUCCUCGGAGAUGCGAACGAGGCCUCACCGCGGCUUGUCAAGGCAAAGGACAGUGUGUUAUGCUUUGGAGGAUCGCUUGUCGGGAUCGAGCGGUACCGCAAGAUACUCCUAGACGAUCUGGCAUCGAGGGGCCAUACCUUCCGCUACGUAGAGUUCGUUGGUGACUGCGCGGCAGUGGGGGCGAAGGCGCUCGCCAUGUCCGCAUAA